UUGAUUUGGAUGGCCAGUCGUUUAUCAAGGUUUGACGAAAUGCAAAUCGUGCUAGUUUUCUUUGCAUUUUUCCUUCAUUUCUUGAACAAAUUCUAAUUAGCUCAACUAUAACAAUUAUUUUAUUCUUUAUUCGAGAAAGUUAGUGUUAAAAAGCACUCGGGACAUUGAUUAUUGGCAAUUUUAUUGGGAAAGACAUAGUAUAUCUAAUUUUGUUGAAAUGGCGGUCUCGGCGGCGGCUGCUCUUCUGGAUGAAUUGAUGGGAAGAAAUAGAAAUGUAGCGCCUACAGAAAAAGCCAAACCAAUUAAUUGGGAAGAUCCUGAAUUCUGCAAGUUCUUCUUGGUGAAAUUCUGUCCUCAUGACCUCUUCGUGAAUACAAGAGCCGAUUUAGGAGCUUGCUCGAAAGUACACGAUGACGAAGCCAAGGCGUUGUUUGACAAGUCGACCAGCUACAAGAAGGCACAUUACGAGGACGAAUUCAUUCACUUUGCGCAGGGUAUGCUCAGCGAGGUGGAGAGGAAGAUAGCAAAGGGAAAGCAACGAUUAGCAUUAAUAGGCAAAAAUGAUCCACAAAGCUCAUUAACUCCAGCACAAACUCAAAGGAACGUCGAACAAAUAGCGUUGCUCUCAGAUAAAAUCAAUAAUUUAGUGAGUGAGGCAGAACAAAUGGGAAUCCAGGGCAAUGUGGAGCAGGCUCAAGGACUGAUGAAGCUCUGUGAUCAGUUGAAAGAGGAGAGAGAAACACUUCGCAAACAGAAUGAUAACAGUCAUUGGUCUCAGACUGCAGAACUUGCUGCAGCCCAAGAGAAACAAAUGGAGGUUUGCGAGGUGUGUGGUGCUUUCCUCAUCGUGGGAGAUGCCCAAUCUCGUAUUGACGACCACCUCAUGGGAAAGCAACAUGUUGGUUAUGCCAAACUACGUGCUGCUCUCGACGAAAUUGUU